AUGCGCUCCCGGGUGAUGGGGGCCGGGCCAGGGCCCCAGGAGGUCAACAACUACAUGAAAGGCUGCGCAGGGCGCUUACACCUUAGCCGCCAGAUUCGAGCCCCCAUUCAGCAAAUGUACAAGCAUCCUAGCUCUGCCCCCACAGCCGGCGUUGCGACCAACAGCAGCGUUUUGUGGUGGGCCAGCGUCCGCCCCCGCUAUGAGAGGGGAAGUCGUCGGCUGGGCCGCGUCAUAUCAUAUCCGCACUGCUAG